UCCUGUACAUGCUCUGCUUCUGCCACUUGCCCUGUCUUUUCUUAGACCAAAUCCAACCCUUCCCUUCCCUCUCCUCUCUAUCUUCUUCUACCUCUUUUUCUUUGGUAUUUGGUUUCUUUUCUUGGUAUAUAUAUAUGUAUAUAUAACACAAAAAGAAAUAAAUAUCACUACUCAAAUCUCAGUCACCAGUAAUGGCGGAGACUUUCCACCAUUCCUGACUUGUAAUUUUGUAAACCAUUUUUAUAUUUUACUAUAUACGAUUAAUAACUCUUUUUAUAACUCCCUUCUCUCCCUUCUCUCUCAGCCUUCAAGUCUGCUGCAACUUUUCCUAGAUCCUUUUACGUUUGUCUUAGUACCCAACCCAAGUUCUUGUUCAUUUUAUUAUUUGAAAAUUAAUAAUAAAAAACCCAAUUACCCAACAAUUCCCAUGUUUUUUUUCAGUAAAACUAAAACUUGUAUCUUGAAAUUCAGGAAGCUUUGAUCAAUUGUUUCAGGUUGAAAUAAACUUCAAUGGCUGGUGGAUCUCCAAAGAAUCAACAGUUAGAAAACCAGAGGAAGCGAGUCACAUGGAUCCUGGGCGUGAGUGGCCUCUGCAUAGUGUUCUACAUAUUGGGAGCUUGGCAGGGUAGUACUGCACCCACCAACCCAUCUGAGGUCUACAACAGAAUAGGUUGUCAGCCUGGAAUGUCCACAAAUGAGGAUCAAUCCUCGUCGUCUUCGACGACGUUUUCGUUGUUGCCAGUUGAAUUGGACUUUGAAAGCCAUCAUAGGGUGGAGAUUAAUAGAACCAGUGAAGCACAGAAGUUCCCACCAUGUGAUAUAAAAUACAGUGAAUACACUCCUUGCCAAGAUCCAGUUAGAGGGAGGAAAUUUGAUCGAAACAUGUUGAAAUACAGAGAAAGACAUUGCCCCAAAAAGGAGGAACUCCUCCUCUGCUUGAUUCCUGCACCGCCGAAGUAUAAGAACCCUUUCAAAUGGCCUCAGAGCCGUGACUAUGUUUGGUAUGACAAUAUUCCCCACAAGGAGCUUAGCAUUGAGAAAGCUGUUCAGAAUUGGAUUCAAGUGGAAGGUGACAGAUUCAGAUUCCCUGGAGGAGGCACUAUGUUCCCUCGUGGAGCCGAUGCUUACAUCGAUGACAUUAACAAGCUAAUCCCUCUUACGGACGGAAGCAUCAGAACUGCCAUUGACACAGGCUGUGGCGUUGCAAGUUGGGGUGCAUACCUGUUGAAGAGAAACAUUGUAGCAAUGUCCUUUGCACCAAGGGAUACCCAUGAAGCACAGGUCCAAUUUGCAUUGGAGAGAGGAGUUCCUGCCAUGAUUGGCAUCAUGGCUUCACAGAGAAUUCCCUAUCCCGCCAGGGCUUUCGACAUGGCUCACUGUUCCCGUUGCCUAAUACCUUGGCAUAAGUAUGAUGGUAUGUAUCUCAUUGAAGUGGACAGAGUUUUAAGGCCUGGAGGCUACUGGAUACUCUCCGGACCUCCCAUUCGCUGGAAGAAAUACUGGAGAGGCUGGGAAAGAACACAAGAAGAUUUGAAAGAAGAGCAGGAUGCCAUUGAAAAUGUCGCGAAACGCCUGUGCUGGAAGAAAGUAAUUGAGAAGGAUGACCUUUCAAUUUGGCAAAAGCCCAUCAACCACAUUCAGUGCAUUAAGAGCAGGAAUGUCUACAAAACACCUCACAUUUGCAAGUCUGAUAAUUCAGAUGCAGCUUGGUACAGAGACAUGGAAACUUGCAUCACACCAUUGCCAGAGGUAAGCAGUGAAGAGGAAGUUGCUGGUGGUGCAGUGGAGAAAUGGCCGGAACGUGCAUUUGCGGUGCCUCCAAGGAUUAGCAGUGGCUCAAUACCAGGCAUAACUGCUGAGAAAUUCCAGGAGGAUAACCAAGUGUGGAAGGAGAGGGUGUCUCAUUACAAGCAUAUUGUUAGUCCCUUAACCCAAGGACGAUACAGGAAUGUUAUGGACAUGAAUGCUAACCUUGGUGGAUUCGCUGCAGCUCUCGCAAAAUAUCCUCUGUGGGUUAUGAAUGUAGUUCCUGCAAAAUCAGAAAAAGACACACUAGGCAUAAUCUAUGAAAGAGGAUUCAUCGGUACGUAUCAGGACUGGUGUGAGGCCUUCUCAACUUAUCCAAGAACCUAUGAUCUCAUCCAUGCAGGCAAUGUAUUCAGUAUAUAUCAGGACAGGUGCGAUAUCACCUACAUUUUGCUGGAGAUGGACAGAAUCCUGAGGCCAGAAGGGACAGUUGUGUUCAGGGAUACAGUAGAGAUCCUUGUGAAGAUCAAGAGUAUAACAGAUGGUAUGAGAUGGAAGAGCCAGAUUAUGGACCAUGAAAGUGGGCCUUUUAAUCCAGAGAAAAUUCUUGUUGCUGUCAAAACAUAUUGGACUGCUGAACCUCAAAAAUCACAAGAACAACAGUAGUAGAUUUUUGAACUAAGGAUACUUUUCCUACUAAAUGGGAAGAGGAUAGGUUUACUAAUUAAGUCAUGUAUUCUUUUAAGAUGCUGAAAUGAAAAUUAAGAUUUCCUUUCAAGUUUCAAA